UGCCUACGGAGGAUCCCCCAAAUCUUCAUGGCACGUCGGUUCAUCGGAAUCCUGGCAACACGAAUCCAUCAAUGGGCGGAGUCCCCAUGUACGGGGGAUCCCCCAUGUAUCCAAACGGAGCUUCGGCCAUGUACGGCAGUGGUGCCAUCGCAUCAAUAAAUCGUUACCACGGUGCAGUUCCAAAAAUGUACGGCGGGGUGCCAAUGUACGGCAAUGCUCCUGUACCCUCAACGAUGUACGGGUAUAUACCACGCAUCAUGUACCCUCCGGGAAAUCCUUAUGGAGCUGCUAAUAUUCCAAUUUUAUAUGGAAAUGGACGAGUUAUAACGCCAACAUACGGACACGACCGAAGUGUACCGACAAUGUACGGAAAUCGCCGAGGCCCACCAAGAGUAUAUGAAAGCGACUGGCCUGCACCAAGUUACAGAAAUGGGGCAACAAUACUUUCUGGUGGAAAUAUGUAUAAUAAUGGCCAAUUAAGACGUGUGGGAGGAGCGUCUGAUGCAUACGGCAGUAAAAGCGUACUUGAUGACGAUAUCGGCGAGGGUGUACCCCCGCCUGUGCAUUCUGGGGUACCAGAUUCGAUGUCCGAAGCUGAUGGCGAUGAUGACCACUGCGGUGGCAAGUUUGUGUGUAAAGUUGGGGAAUUUUCGUGUCUGGGAUCGUGCACGUGUAUUCUUGCAUCCUGGAGGUGCGAUGGAGACGCAGACUGUGUCGCGGGGGAAGAUGAGGCAGAAUGUGGGGAGGAUUUGGAGGGACAGCCUGACGGGGAAUGUAACGUGAAUGAUGGAAACGUGCGCUGUCCACGAAACGGCAAGUGUAUCCGUGAUGAUUGGCUAUGCGACGGCGAGGACGACUGUGGAGACUUCUCAGACGAAACCCAUUGCAGCUACGACAUGAAUUGCACCUCCGAAGAAUUUCAAUGCGACAACGGACUCUGCGUCAAGUCCACAUGGAGAUGCGACGGCGACAACGACUGCAAGGACUUCUCCGACGAGUACAACUGCACCAAGAAAACGUCAUGCACACAAAACGAGUUUCAAUGCACUGAUGGCAGCUGCAUUUCUCUCACCUGGAAGUGUGACCUUGAACAAGAUUGCAUGGAUGGAUCUGAUGAAGUCAACUGUAGUGUGGAACCACCAUCCUGCAGUGAAGGAGAGUUCCGAUGUGCUUAUCCUCGCUGUAUCCACCUAGAAUUUCGCUGUGAUGGAGAUGAUGACUGUGGGGACCGAAGCGAUGAGGAUGACUGUCCAAAAGUUGAUGGAAAUUGUGGCACAGGGGAGUUCAAGUGCAACAAUGGAAAAUGCAUCCCCGACUGGUGGCGCUGCGAUGAUGAAAAAGACUGCGAAUCGGGUGAUGAUGAAGAGGGCUGCGUGGAGAAACAUCUACGUGCAUGUGGACAGGAUGAAUUCUCAUGUUCCACUGGCAACUGCAUACUGAAAACAUGGGUGUGUGAUGGUAUCCCAGACUGUUCUCGGGGUGAGGAUGAAAGCAAGUGUGGAGUCAUUUGUGAAGACUCUCAGUUCAAGUGUGGCAACAUUAGUAGCAAUGAUUCGACAUCAACAUCAUCAAGAUCAACUAUUACUUGCAUUGGAAAGAAACACGUAUGUGAUGGAAAGAAAGACUGUUCUAAGGGUGAAGAUGAACGGAACUGUCCUCACAAGAAGGAAUGCGAGUCUGGAAGCAUGUGUCACCAGCAGUGUGUGACACUGGCAGAUGGAAAUGAUGCCUGUACCUGCUACACUGGCUACACAAUCAACUCUGAUGGUUUCAGUUGUCAAGAUAUUGAUGAAUGUCAGUACGAGACAGACCCCGUAUGCAGCCAGACCUGCAACAACACUGUCGGUUCAUUUACUUGCGGUUGUAUGACUGGCUAUGUCCUCCGCCCAGAUGGCCGUACUUGUAAGGCUCUUGGCGCUGCCCCAACACUCCUGUUUGCUAACAGAGUUGACAUCAGACAAAUUAGCCUCAACAGUGCCAAGUACACAGCUUUAUUAAAAGGUCUGCAUAAUGCAAUUGCCUUGGAUUAUCACUACAAGAAAGGACUGAUCUACUGGUCUGAUGUUUCCAUGGAUGUCAUCAGAAGAGCCACUCUAAAUGGAACAGGAGCUGUUGACGUGAUUCGCUGGGGUUUGGAAAGUCCAAGUGGAGUAGCAAUUGACUGGAUUCACGAUACUAUCUUCUGGACAGACUCUGGGACACGUCGUGUGGAGGUAGCGACUUUGGAUGGCAGCAUACGUGUUGUUAUUGCUGCUAGUGACCUGGACAAGCCACGAGAUAUUGUCGCUCAUCCGGGAGAAGCCGUGGUGUUCUGGACUGAUUGGGGUCCAAAUCCAAAAAUAGAACAAGCAGAAAUGGAUGGCAGCAACAGAAAGGCUGUUAUAGCUUCAUCUUUGAUCUGGCCUAAUGGCUUAUGCAUCGACUAUAUAAUGAGUCGAAUCUAUUGGGCUGAUGCUAAACAUCAUGUCAUUGAAUCAUCAAAAUUUGAUGGAACAGAUAGAAAGAAGGUAAUUGGUAAAGGUCUGCCACAUCCAUUUGCAUUGACAAUCUUUGAAGAUGCAAUUUAUUGGACAGACUGGCAUACAAAAAGUAUUUCAACUGCUAACAAAGUGACUGGGAAAGGCUUCAAGACAAUACAUUCAGGACUUAAUUUUCCCAUGUAUAUUCAUAGCUAUCACCCUCAACGACAGCCAGAUUACCCAAACCGCUGCGGAAACAAUAAUGGUGGCUGUUCACACAUGUGUCUUCCAAACAAGAGUAGUUACCGGUGCAUGUGUCCUAUUGGUCUUCAGCUUCAUGCAGACAGGAGAAACUGUGAUUCAGCAGCAGCUAAACUUCUCUUAUUUGCUCGGAAGAAAGACCUACGCAUGCGUCAGUUGGAGAACAGUGAUGUCGAUAUGGUGAUCCCUGUUGAUGGCAUCCGAUCAGUUAUUGCACUUGCAUGGGACAGCGAUUCUGAUUCAAUUUUUUGGACAGAUGUUGAGUCUGACACAAUUAAUCGAGCACAUCUAAAUGGAAGUCAGCAAGAAGUCAUUGUCAGUUCAAACCUUGAAUCGCCUGCUGGUCUGGCUGUAGACUGGGUGACUAGUAAAUUGUAUUGGACGGAUGCUGGAACCAACAGAAUUGAAGUGUCCAACCUUGAUGGCAGCAUGAGAGGGCUGCUUGUCUGGGAGGGACUGGACAAACCAAGGGACAUUGUACUAGAUCCUAUUGGUGGCUUUAUGUACUGGAGUGACUGGGGAACUGUACCGAUGAUAGAACGAGCUGGUAUGGAUGGCUCACAACGAGCACCCCUCAUAAUCCACAAUUUAACAUGGCCUAAUGGGCUCGCUAUUGACCAUGAUCAUGAGCGAUUGUAUUGGGCUGAUGGUGGCACCAAAGCCAUUGAGUUUGCAUCAUUAGAUGGAACCGGACGCACUGUACUCAUAGGAUCUGAACUUCCACACCCAUUUGGUCUUGCUGUAUUCAGAGAUAAGAUCUACUGGACAGACUGGGAUACUUCCAGUAUCCACAUGGCAGAUAAACAAACUGGAAAGAAUAAGACUAUACUGAGGUCCGGAAUAUCAAAUCUGAUGGAUAUUCGUGUUUUCCACCGUGGACGUCAACCAGUGCCCACCAUGUGUCAGGCUAAGAACGGUGGAUGUUCACAUCUUUGUCUUCUUGCUCCCCUCCCAAAGGGACACACAUGUGCAUGUCCAAUAGGCAUUAAGCUGUUGGAGGAUGGUCGAACUUGUGCUCUGGGACCAACCAACUCUCUGAUAUUUGCUCAUCGGGUUGACAUUCGACAGAUCUCAUUGGAUGUUCCAUAUAUUGUUGAUGUAGUUCUACCUCUGCCUCCUCUCAAGAAUGCUAUUGCUGUAGAUGUGGACAGGAAAACAGGUGAGAUAUACUGGACAGACACAGCUGAAGAUGUCAUUCAGAAAGCAACACCUGAUGGGAGGCAUAUUGAGAAUAUUAUAGUGGAUGGCCUGGAGACUGCAGAUGGAAUUGUCAUUGACUCCACUGGAAGAAAGAUAUAUUGGACUGAUGCUGGCCGUAACAGCAUAGAAGUAGCAGAACUAGACGGGCGCAACCGUAAGGUUCUGGUUUGGUCUGAUUUGGAAUCUCCGCGUGCUAUUGCUCUCCAUUAUCAUCUUGGACUAAUGUACUGGUCAGACUGGGGCAAGAACCCUCGCAUUGAACAAGCUGACAUGGAUGGAGAAAACAGGAUGACUUUAAUAUCAGAAAACUUGGGCUGGCCUAAUGGGUUGGCUAUUGACAGACCUGCUGGCCGUCUCUAUUGGAAUGAUGGGCAACGCAAAACCAUCGAGAGUUCUAACCUGUCAGGACAAGAUCGACACAUUGUGGUGACUGACGUACCUCAUCCAUAUGGAUUGGUGAUAGUGGGCACUCACAUAUACUGGACAGACUGGCAGACAAAGGCUCUACACAGGGCUGAUAAAAUAAAUGGUAUUGAUAAUACUAUCAUCAGAGGAAAGCUUGAGGGACUCAUGGACAUAAGGUCUGUACAGCAGGUGGACAAUGUCGCAGAGAAUGCAUGUGGGAGGAAUAAUGGAGGAUGUUCACAUCUCUGCUUGCGGACACCUUCUGCCUACACAUGUGCCUGCCCUACGGGCACCAUACUUCGUGAGGACGGACAGACAUGCAAUUCAUCUCCAUCAACGUAUCUUCUUUUUGCAACAAGAAGUACACUGGCAAGGGUAUCACUUGACACACCAGAACUAUGGGAUGUCACACUGCCCAUACCAGAUGUGCAUAAUGCCAUUGCAGUUGACUUCCACUGGAAAAGUCAGAAAAUAUACUACACAGAUGUGUUUCUGGACAUCAUCAGGAGUGUUGAUAUGCAUAAUUUAACAAGCACCAAGACCAUCAUCUCAACCAACCUAACAACUCCAGAUGGUCUGGCAGUAGACUGGAUUGCUAACAAUAUUUACUGGACUGAUGCUGGCAGCAAAGUGUUAGAGGUUGCACGUUUAGACGGUUCAUCUCGUAAGAUCAUAAUUCAAGAUGGUCUUGAUGAACCACGGGCCCUAGCCAUAUUUCCCAGGAAAGGGUAUCUAUACUGGACUGACUGGGGAGAUAACCCAAAGAUUGAAAGGUCCUUUCUAGAUGGAUCAUCUCGUAAUACUGUGAUUGAUACUGAUCUUGGCUUUCCAAAUGGGUUAGCACUGGACUAUGCUACCUGUCAACUCUACUGGGCUGAUGCACUGAGAGAUCGUAUAGAAAUAUCAGAUCUACAUGGUAAAAAUAGGCUCCAUCUUGUUCCAGAGGCUACACACCCUUUUGGACUUACACAGUAUGGGGAACAUAUCUACUGGACGGACUGGUACAGGAAGUCGGUUGAACGAGCAGACAAAGCAACUGGGAAAGAUCGAAGAGUUAUUCGGACAGAUCUGGACGGUGUGAUGGAAAUCCGGGCAGUGGCAGCUGGAAGACAGACAGGCUGGACUCCAUGUGCAGAUCGUAAUGGUGGCUGUAGCCACCUGUGCUUAUUUAGACAAAAGUCAUACAUAUGUGCAUGUCCUGACAAACCAGAUGAGAAGCCAUGUUCUACAGAGCCAAGCAUAGUGGUCCCUAAUAAGAGGAUCCCAGGACCAGACGAUCUUGAUGGUGAUGCUGAUCUGUGUGAAGAUGGGGUUCAGCCAGUCAUCACAAUAACACCACCAAACAACAGAGAUAACUACGGGGAUGCGUAUGCCAAGACUCCAGAUGAAGGAAAGAGCACCAGUGAGAUCUCAUCACACGUGUUCAUAACAAUGAUUGUUCUCUGCUUGGUCAUUGUAGCAGUCAUCAUAAUCAUCAUAGUAGUGUACAUCUGUCAUGCACAUCAAAAGAAGUACCUCUAUACAACAGGAAGAAGUGUCCUGACAUUCUCAAAUCCAAACUACAAUGCAUCCAGUUCAGAUGUUGGACCAAAUGCCACUCAAGCUGAUAAGAGGAUAUUCCCUUGGAAGAGGCUUAAAUAUGACAAGUCACAGGAACGAGUAUACAAUGUCCAUGAAGACAAACAAACUACAAGUCCAGAAGUUGUUUCUUUGAUCCCCACUGUGGUAACCCCAAACAACUGUGCUGACGCAACCACCCCUGAGCGCAUCGCAACUCCCCCACCAACUCCCCCCCAGAGACUGGACAGCAUAAGCCUAAAGGCAGGGUGAACACAAAUUAGACACCAGUUGUGCAGUUGGUAUUCAAAUAUUACAGCAGAGAGCCAUCCAACAAUGCAAGAUACAUUAGGAGAUUCAUAUAGCUAGGCUGUAAAUGUUUGUAACAUUGUCAAUACAACUGAACCCGUGCAUUGCCGUUUUUAUCAGAUGUUUAACUGAUGGUAAUUGGCAUUUAAAGUGGUAAGUGUAACCACAUUGAUUAGAGCCAGCCAGUAAAAAGAAAUAAUAGGCCAAAUCCAUGUUAUCAAUGGAGAAGAAAGGAAUCCAGCCAAAAAUUGGCUUCCAGUUUUUAUAUCAUCAUUUUUUUAAGUUUGGUAUGAGCCAUUAUCAGGUUUUUGGUUGCAUAAAUGUCAGUCCACACAGAAAAACCAUUUUAUAACUGACAAAAAUUGAGAUGAACAGCCAUUUGUAUGACUGGAUUGAUCUACAAAUAAUUUGUCAGGACUCAGAAACAAUACUUGGAGUCACAAAAUAUGGCCAGAAGUUGCAUGGGCCUAGAAUGCUGGCAUCAAUUUGCUUCAUCAAUUGAAAGGCAAAGCAAUGACAAGACCAGCAUAAAUAAUGAGAGCAGGAACUAUGAGUACAAAGAACUUUUUAAUAAAUGCCUCUGUUAUUGUUUCCUUUGAAAAUAGGCAGUUUGAUGUCAAGUACUGUAUGAUUAGAGUGGGUAAUGUAGGAAAAGCUGAUUAUGAUGUGCAUGAAUAUCAACUUCAUGUAUAUUAAGAGAAAAUGAAAGGAAGUGAUUGAAACCAAACAGACCUGCUUAUAUGUGUAGUGAAAGCAAGAUUAUAAACAACUGUUUCAUGAAUAUUCAUGCACAUGUAAAUGUUUAGUGGAAUGAUGCUGAAGCAAGUUAUACGUUCAUCAUGCAAUUUACUUUGGCUAAUUUACGUGCGCACUGCAUAUCUAAAGAUAUUCAUUAUGCGUUACUACCUUUGGUCUUACACCCUACAAUGAAGAUAAUAUAAGAUUUUACAUUCCCUGUAUUUUCUGGCUAUUAAAUGAAUAAAACAGAGAUGUCCAUCAGUAGGCAGUGACUCUGUGACAGUGAACAGAAAAUAUGUGAAUAUAAUUAAGUUAUGAUAAUAUUAAAUUAUGUGUAAUAAACUGAAUGUGGCUAUGUGUACUAUAACUGUAAACACACAAAAAUAAAACCUGACUCCUUCAUGUCCAGCAGAUGACCAAAUACUUAAACACUUUAAGAAUGAAAUUUCUUAUACCCUUUCUGUACCAAAAGAAUUUUUUUUUACUAAUAUGGCCACAUGUUUUGCAAAUGACAGACCCAAGUUGGGUAUCAUUUCUGUUAACUGCCCACCAUGCCCAUUUGUAAGAAUGAAUCCAUUAGUCUUUUAUAGGAAUAGCUUCUCAACACAGGCAUACUUACAGGAUACGAAAACUGCCACGUCAGUGUAUCAACCAGUAGUUCUUAAAAAGAUCAAGAAUAAGAGGGGUUCAUGAUGGUUAUAUCCUAUCAGACAAAGUUAUCAACUUAAAGAAAUGUGGCUUCAAUUAUUACUUCAUUUAUCCAAAAGACUGUUCUUACUAAGAUAUGUACCGGACUGAGCACUGGUUUCUUUCAGACUUCUUCUUUAUUCCAUAUUUUAUAACCCUCUGAAGCUGAGGCUCAUCUAAAUAUUUAAAAAUUCUACCUGUGCCACAAAAAAAAACACAGUACUUCUCUGUUACAAAGUUCAACUGGUUGAUGCUGUUUGGGGAAAAAUCGCUGUUUACUCUGAGAAUCAUAAGAAACUGACAAAUAUAUCUUGUGGGUAGAGUGCAGAAUUACUUAUUUUAAAGCAGAUUAUACAUACAGUUACCAUGGGGCUUUAAAGGGCUAAUGCAUUCACUGCUGGGUUAUACUAAAUUCAUUGUACCCUGACUACCAGAUCAUUUCAUUUAAAUAUUCUUUAUACAUAAUGGUUUAUUAACCUUUUUAUUCCAUGUAAUAGAAGUCUUUUUUAUUAAAUAUCUUAAAGACAAGACAGUAUAUCAAUUCCUAAAUUAUUUAAUUCCCUGGCAUAUUUGAUGGCUACAGGAUAUCUUGUUACUUCUUCUCUAGAAACAUCUCUCUUGUCAUUGCUUUGUCUUCAAGCUACAGCAAACAUAAGACUUCACACAAAUACACAGAAUUUUGUAAUGAACCAUACAAAUCCAAAAUUUCAUAGCAUCACAAAGAAUUAUUUCAUGUAAAUGAUAUGAUGCUUCAGCAAUCCACAACACAGCUUUCUCACCCCUUGUCAAGUUUAAAGAGAAGCAUUUAAUUUGUAUAAUUCAUUAUGACAUUUUUUUGCAAGAUAAUAUUACUGAAUGGGUGAAUGAAAUGCUCAAGUUAUGUAUACUGAAAUAUGAGACAGAUUUAUGACAUAAUAACAAAUUUAGUACCUACCGGGCAGCUAAGAUGGCAUAUCCCAUCAUCAUAAUAUGGAAAAACUAAUGGUAAAUUUGUGUAUUAUGAUUAGUUAUAUUAAGUGUGAAUAUAUUUUGUUCCUGUUUCCCUAGCUGGUACUUUUGGCUAGUUGCUGGAAUGCAUAUACUGAUUGUAGUAUUAGGAAAUAUUUCUAUAUUGAGAACAAGAAUGAAUGCCACAGUCAAUAAAAGCUCAAAUUCACCUUAGUGGCAUAAACUUCUGAAACAACAAAUUAUAAAGAGAGCCAGAAUUGAUAGAUGACCACAAUCUCCAGCUUCUCAAUUAUAUGUCAUAUUUUGUGUACAUAGAUAUAACCUGUUGUAUUUCUGUGUAACUUCUUCUCUAUGGUUAUUAAGACAUAUUUUGGAUUAAAGGGAUACGUAGAAGUUACAUAAUUUUGAAAAAUAUCUCAUAACAUUAUGAAAUUUGAUAAACACAUUUAAUCAGCUUUUUUAACUUUCCAACAUAUUUUGUUUUAGAGAAUUUCAAUAUAGAUGUUACUCUUGGUAUUGCUCGAUUCUGCCACUAAUAUUCAUUCAUACCUUGGAUUAAGAAUGCCUAAUUACAUUUUCAUAAUUGACAACUGCACAAAUAAUGCCUUUUUGUAAGAAUAACAAACAUUCUAGUCAUCACACCAGACUCUUAGCCAACAUUACACUGAUGACUCGUAUUGUCAAAUACAUAUAUUUGUGGUCAGCAUUUUUAAAUCCAUACACAGUAAAAAUAUAUUAACAAAUUCAUUAUAAUACAUUAAUUAUUUUAAUAGACUGGUUACAUUUCAUUAUAUUCACUUGCAUGUAAAUAUAUGGUCUGUAAUAUAAUGUUACAAAAACUUAUAUAUGAAGAAUAUAUUUUAAUUGUGAUUUUUUAAAUGUAGUGUUUCUGAUAUUAAUCUGCGCAACCGUUGAAUAUUUGACAGUAAAAUAAGUUCUUAUGAAGCA